UUUCACUGGUACUAUAGAAAAUACUACCACUUACUAAAUACUACCAUGAUCUAAAAUGAUCCUCAGCUAAUAAAUUGCACCUCUUGCAAACGAAAUAAGCCAUGCUAAUUUAAAUCAUUGGAUGGCUCUCAUAAAUCAAAACAAUGACCUGAGUAGCUGGGCCACAACUCCUCACUGACAUGGGUUUCAUUUACACUCCUGAUUGUUUGCCAGCAGUGAACAGGUGACUACAAUCAGAAACAGUCUAACUUUAGAUACGCUACACCAGAUGGUUCCUGGCUUGGCUUGUUCCUAAGGAAUGGAACAACAAAGGAUGAUCUAUAAGAGAACAUGUUCCCUUACUCUUCAGUUUGAUCCUUAAUGAAUCUUCUUCUACUAUACCUAAUUACAUUUUGUUUCAUAGGAUCUAGGUGCGUCAAAGUUCGGUUGACAGUUCCAAAGUUGGUGAGGGAAGGUUCGUCGCCUACUUUGACUUGUCAUUAUGAUACUGAAGGAAAACCAUUGUAUUCUGUCAAAUGGUAUAGAGGGCAGUACGAGUUCUUCCAAUACGUCCCGCAAGCGCAACCACCAUUAGCUGCAUUCCCUCUAGGAGGAAUAAAUAUUGAUAUGUCUCAUUCAAACGCAAAUCAAGUUAGAUUAAUAAAUGUGCCAACAUAUAUCAGUGGGAAAAUCAGUUGUGAAGUUUCAGUUGAUGAAACAUUUAAAACAGCCACUGAUUCAGCGAACUUGACUAUUAAAGAUAUUCGUAUUAGAAAGCCAUAUUUAAAUGUUUCAAGCAAUAAAUUAUUUCCUUUAGAAGAAUUAAAAAUAACUUGCUCAGCUGAAGAAACUGAUCCACCACCAUUGAUCAAUUUCUAUGUUGAUAAUGUUAAGAUAGACCGUUCAAUGAUUAAAAAUGUUGGGAAUGGAAAAGCAAUUCUCAAUAGCUCUGUAUUACUACCAUUUUUAGAUGUGGACUGUGAGCACAUAUCCCCAAUAUGGUUGCGAUGUGAUGGCUAUGUAGGAGGUUUUUAUCAUCUAUCUUCAGCCAGUGUGCCAAUAAUUUCUCAACUCCCAAGAGAUCAUUCUUCAUUCACCGAUAACAUUAAUAUCGAUUAUUGGUUAUUUAUUGGCAUUGUGGUCAAACAUUUUGCACUUUAAAACUUCUAAAAAUUCCAGUUCAUAUUAAAUAUAUUUUUACUAAACAACUGUGAUAAUUUGGUUAAACUUUAAAUUAAAAAUUAUUCUGUACUAAAUUUAUAAUUUUCAAAGUGGUUAAAUUAUAAAUAAUUAAUUUGUAGAAAUGGUGUAAAUACUUAUAACAAAUAAAAUCCAUUUACUUAAAAAAA